AAGGUUUAUUGGGUAUGAUAGCGAAGUUAAAUUUGGGGUAAGUUGAUAUUUCAUCAACAUGCCGAGAGCGUCAAGAGCAUGCAUUGGUAGAAAAACUGCCAAUGCUAAUUGAAUGUAUAACAGAAUGCAUCAAAAGAACACAUCAGAACGUAUAAUGGUUGCUGAAUCAGAAAUUAAAUGUGUUUCAAAUAAUAAGAGUUUUGGAGGUUAUCAAAAAGUAUAUGAACAUUUCAGCAAUGCUUUGCAAUGUACCAUGAAGUUUGGUAUUUACAUUCCACCUUCAGAGCAGGAAGAUGAAAAAUUCCCUGUAUUAUUUUACUUAUCAGGUCUUACAUGUACUGAACAAAACGUCAUCACUAAAGCAGGAUUUCAAAAAUAUGCUGCACAAUAUAAAAUAAUUGUAGUUGCUCCAGAUACUAGUCCUAGAAACUGUAACAUACCUGGUGAAAAUGAUACUUGGAAUAUUGGGACAGGUGCAUCCAUGUAUGUAAACGCUACACAAGAACCGUGGAACAAACACUAUCAGAUGUACACAUACAUAACAGAAGAACUCUUUCAACUUAUCCAAAACAAUUUUCCAGUUAUAAAGGAUAAAAUAUCUAUAACUGGACACAGUAUGGGAGGACAUGGAGCAUUGUUGUGUAGUUUACUUAAUCCAGGUAAAUUUAAAUCAGUGUCAGCUCUUGCUCCAGCUUGCAAUAUUUCUAAUUCACCAACAUUGCUCCCUGGAUUAAAAACAUUAAUUGGAGAAGACAAGGAAAUUUUGGAAAAAUGGGAUCCAACAUUCUUAGUUAAAUACUAUGAUGGCCCUGAAAUGCAAAUAUUAAUACAUGUAGGUACUGAUGAUGAAUUCUUGAAGGAGGAUCUAUUAAUUGAUAACUUUGUAAAAGCAGCAAAUGAGUGUAAAGAUAAUAAAAUUAAAAUUGAAUUCCAUCUGGAAGAGGGUCAUGGUCAUUCAUAUUAUUUUGUUUCAACAUUUAUUGAGGAACAUUUUAAAUUUCAUUCUUCUAAAUUGUCUUCGUAAAAUUU